GAAGAAGAAGGUCCCCGUAUGUAACAAGCCACACACAGGUGACUUCCUGGUUGUCUUCAGGGUUUAAAGUGGUCGGUCAUGUAACGUUAACUUGCCUUCAUUAAUGUCCCGUAAACAGGCUUGUUUUCUUCAGUUGUCAGUGUUCAUUGGUGUUUAAUGUGUUCUGGAUUAACGUUAGUUUAGUUCACCUCGAGUCGGUCCGUUACCCAGCUAGCAGCGACUCGCCCAUCAACGUUAAACUCAGUUGUUUUGCUCAUGUAACGUUAGCAGACAGAUGACAUUGAGACACAAGUAUCACCAAACAAGAGCCAAAAUAUAAAAGGUGAAUCCAAACCCAAUUAAGAUUGCAAAACAUCCAUUUGUACUUCUAUUGGGAUACGUAAUUUCUUCCUGACAAAAGAUUUAUUUUGUUAUUUCUGUAAGAUAUCUCCUACCUGAAUGAGUUGCCUUUCUUUGGACAUCAUUUAUAUGACUGGUUGUCUUUUUUUAAAUAAGUUGCUUUUCAAAUCCACAGGAGUGUGCCAGAAAUGAGUUGUACUUUCCGCCUCCUGGUUACCCGCAGUGACUUCUACCAUGGCCGUUUUCUGCUCGUCCUGUCUCGAGGGUCCCUGUUGCUCAGAGCGCUCAGCUCCGUGCACCAGAUCAGCCGCAGCCUGCUAGAGAGCUACAGGCUGCUGCAACUGCCCGACAAGGGACAGAGCAGUCCUGUGCAGGUGAAAGAGGCCUACUUGCGCCUUGCCAAAAUCUAUCACCCGGACUCGGGGGCUCCGACUGCAGAUGCAACGCUGUUUGCGCAGGUUGAAGAGGCCUACCGUGCUGUGCUGGCACAUCAGAGCAAGACCAAGCAACCUGAUGGAGGGAUGGAUGUGGACGAUGAGGAUAAGUUAAGAGGUACAGCACUUCCACACAGACACUACCUCAACUACGAGGGUGUGGGUUCGGGCACGCCCAGCCAGCGUGAGCGUCAGUACCGGCAGAUUCGUGUCGAACGGGCAUCCGAGCAGGUUUUGAACUACCGGCAGAGGGAGCACGAGAGGGCAGCCGCUGCAGAGGGGGCGCUGGUGGAACGUGACAUCCGUCAGCGCAGCCGAAAGAUCAAGAUCACCCAGGCUGUGGAACGGCUCGUGGAGGACCUGAUCCAGGAGUCCAUGGCCCGAGGAGACUUCAGGAACCUGAGUGGAGCUGGAAAGCCCCUCAACAAGUUUGAGUACAAUCCAUACGCUGAUCCUAUGACCCAUAACCUCAACCGCAUCCUCAUAGACAAUGGUUACCAGCCAUCCUGGGUCGUCACACAGCGCGACAUCCGAGAGACCACUGCUCGCAUCCGAAAUAGGUUACUGACGGGCAGGGCCAGGCUCGGUGACCCCAUCACCCCCAAACAGCACAGCCAGUGGGAGCAGCUGUGUGCAUCUGUAGAGGAGGAGUUGAUGAAACUCAACAAGACUGUGGACAAUUACAACCUCAUCGUACCGAUGCUCAACAUGCAAAUGGUUCACUUCAGUCUGUCACGAGAGGUUGACCGCGCUGAGAAAGGAGCCCACCACCGCAGACUGGAGCAGCAGAGAGAGAGAGAAGAGGAGAGGGAGAAGGAGACGAAAAGAGCCAACGCAGUAACUAAGCCUAAAAAUACCAAACAAGGCCUGAUGUCCUGUAUGAAGAAUUUGCUCAGAUUGAAACACUAACUCUCUAAACCUUAGUGAACAGAAAAUGAUUUGAGAUCAGCGGUUUAUUUAAAUUUUUUUAAUUUCAAACAGUCGUUACAGUUCAUGGAGCAAUACCUCAGACUUGUUCACCCUCUUAUUUCUGAAAACUCUGAAUCAAAGUUGGAGACAAAGGUGCUGCUUUACCAGUUCUACUCUGUGUUCCUGCUGUUAUUGUCCAGAUAAGCAGGAUUGUCAGCAGGUGUUCGGGGAAGAGCAGUUUUGGUGCAAUCAUGGUUGCAGGACUGUAAAGUGAGAGGAACUCCACGUGUUGACAAGGAAAGAUUACAACAUGAGACAAUUUUACGAUUGUGUUUCUAUGAAGUUCCUGGUCUGAAAAUUCAAACCUAACACUCUAAGAUGUAGUUUCUGUGUGACAUUAAAAGUAAAGGUAAUCAAAAUCCUUGUGUUCCAGAGUUUUACAUCUUUGACUGUGGGAAAUGUUUAA